AUGUUCAAAUCUAUUUCUAUGAAUCGUCGUCUUUUCUCUACUAAUGUCGUUAGUAUGGCCAAAAAAGUGUAUUUUGAACCAGCUGUUAAUGGAACCAAGAUCGGUAGAAUUGAAUUUACUCUAUAUGAUGAAAUUGUUCCAAAGACGGCCGAAAAUUUCAGGGCCUUAUGUACUGGUGAAAAGGGUCAUGGUUAUAAAGGUACCGCUUUCCACCGUGUUAUCCCACAAUUUAUGAUUCAAGGUGGUGACACUGAUCAUAUGAGAGGUUUCGGUGGUAAGUCUAUCUAUGGUGCUAAAUUUCCAGAUGAAAAUUUUGUCAAGAAACAUACUAGACCAGGUCUAUUGUCCAUGGCUAAUGCUGGUCCAAAUACUAAUGGUUCUCAAUUCUUUAUCACUACUGUCCCAUGCCCAUGGUUAGACGGCAAACAUGUUGUUUUCGGUGAAGUUAGUAAAGGUAUGGAUAUUGUUAAACAAAUUGAAUCACACGGAUCUUCAUCUGGUCAACCAAAAGCUGAUAUUGUUAUUGAAUCCUGUGGUGAAAUUACAGAUUAA